AAUGACACCUGUGUUGAGAUGCAUAGCAGAGCAGAAAUUCUCAGAACAGAUAAGCAACCAGCCAAUAGAUCCACACUGAAGCGCUGUUGAUUUGCAUACUUAGUCUGCUUCCAGCUGUCAGCGCACUUUACCAGAGUGUUCACAAAAUACUGGAUAACAGACAUAACAAAACAUUCCUCACGAUGGAAUUUCUUCAUUCUUAGUACUGUUUUAUUACUGCUAUAUGGAGCAUGAGCAGGAAAUAUAGUGUUCCAGCUGCGCCAGCUAUGUGAGGAUGCAUCUGUUUUCUACCUGCAUCCUGUUCUCUUUACUGAUGGUUUCCCACCUGGUGAGUGCUGCUGUGUCACACAGCUUCAAGGACUGCAGCCAUUUUUUCUACAUGCAGACACCACCCACAGGGAUCAGAGGGGAAAGCCUGAAGAGGAUCUGCCAAAAGUAUGGGGACAAACUACGCUACGCCACGCUGUAUGACAGCAGAAGCCAUCUCCCCCUCUACUCAGCUUACAUUUUUAAGAAGUCUGAUGGGAAGAAGAGAAUGGACACACCCUGGAUGUAUGAGCCUCAGCUGGUGUCUGAUGAUGAGAGUGGUAACAUGAGGGCACUUCCGCUGAGUCAGGACACCCCCCCACUGAUUGAAGACAGCCAGGCUGUCUUGGAGGACUACAUAGAUGCUGUGGAAUACAGACGGGGCCCACUGAAUCCUGACCAGCACCAAGCAGAGCCAGAUGACAAAUCUUCUACCUACACUCUAACCAAUGUGGUUCCUCUAAUCACAGAGUUUCUAGAUACCUCUUGGAACCCCUACCUGGAUGUCAUCCGCAGACGCCUAAACAACUUCUGCCACGGAAAAUCUUUCAUUGUGACAGGAGUAACUACUUCAGGGGCCACCAUCCAGCGGAACAACAGAGACUGCCUAACCAUCCCAAGGCACUUAUGGCUAGCAUAUUGCUGUCCACGAUUUGACCGCAACUCACCGUAUGAAGUAAGAUUUAUGUUCCCGAGUUAUGGGGGCUACGCUCUGAAUGAAAAGACUGGCAACAGUGUGGUAGAAGUACCACUAAAAACUCUGGAGAGUUUCCUGAAAAGUCAGGCUGACAUAGACAGUGACAUGAUCAUUUUUUACAAGAGCUGUAUGUCCGAAAACACUUUCAAGAAGAAGAGGAGUAGUCUGACCAGUGUUGAACUGAAGAAGCAGAGGGUUGAAAAGGAGCUGUCUCCAGACUGCAGGGUGUUCCUCUACAAGGGGACACCACCAACAGGGCUGGAACACCACUCCGUCCAGUACAUCUGUCAACUUUACAACAAGAAGCCUCGCUAUGUGACUCUGUACAGCACUGUGGAUCACAUACCCAUCUACUCUGCCUACAUCUUUAAACGCUCAAAUGGGGAGAAAUGUGUGGACGUCCCUUGGAUGUAUGAGCCCCAGCUGUCCACUGCUUCCGAUAGAGAUGAGAUGCAGCCCUUUCCACAUGGUUACAUUCACAGGAAUUUUGAAGAUGCCCAAGCAAUUCUCGAUGAUUAUACAAACGCCAUCAAUUAUGAGCGAGGUACUCUGAACCCAGACGAGCAUCAGGAGAACCCUGAUGACAAGGCCUCCACCUACACCCUGACCAAUGUGGUUCCCAUGAUACACGAGGUCUACAACGGAGUUUGGAACCAACAAGAGCACAUCAUUCGCAAACGGCUCAACAACUACUGCCGUGGAACAGCCUACAUUGUGACUGGUAUCACCACUUCUGGGAAGAUGAUCCGUCGGGAAAACAUGAACCGCAUCGCAGUUCCAGCUUAUUUGUGGUCAGCUUACUGCUGUGUUGACUAUGACCACAACACACCCUAUCAUGAGCGCUAUAAGUUCCCAUCUUUUGCUCACUAUGGCCUAAAUGAAGAUGAAAACAACAACGUAGUGGAAAUCUCUGUACAGAAGCUGAAAGAGUUCCUCAAAAAGACGGCUUUUGUAAACCAGAACUUUGAGAUUUUCGUUGGGGACUGUGUUCCACCAGGAGUGGUGAGUGCCAGCAGGAGCAGUAAGGGCUACGAGGACACAAAAGUGAGCUGCAGCGAUGCUAACCAUGCUGUGCUCCUGACAGCUGUUACGGCCGUGCUGACCUGUGCACUGCUACAGGGGGUCCAAGCAGGAGUAGUGGGGGAUUUUAACCAUGUGGAGCGCUGUAAGGACUUCCUGUAUAUGGGCACUCCUCCAAGAGGUUACUUCAGCAACUCCUUUAAGAAGAUCUGCCAGAGGUAUGAGGAUAAGCCCUGCUAUGUCACUCUGUAUGACCCCCACAAACGCAUUCCCAUCUACUCCGCAUACACGUUCAAGAAGUCAGACGGCGAGAAGAAGGUCGAUUUCCCCUGGAUGUUUGAGCCUCAGUUAGCAUCUGAAAAAAGCAGCAGCAACAUGGAUUCAUUCCCUCAAUCCUCAAGCAUGCACAUGAACUUUGAGGACAGCCAGGCAGUGCUAGAAGACUACGCUGAUGUGGUUCAGUAUGAGCGCGGCCAACUCAAUCCUGACGAGCAUCAGGCUGACCCUUUGGACAAAGCGUCUACGUACAGUUUGACUAACGUGGUACCUCAGGUCAGGGAGUUCAACUUGGGUCCCUGGGCCGAACACCAGGACCGCAUCCGCAAACGCCUGAACAACUACUGCCGUGGCAAAGCCUUCGUGGUCACAGGGGUGACCACUUCUGGACACACGAUCCGUCGCAACAACUUGGACCGCGUGGCAGUUCCAGAGUACAUGUGGUCGGCUUACUGCUGCACAGAGUUUGACCAAAAUGCACCAUACUUUGUGCGCUAUAAGUUCCCUGUAUUUGGAUCUUAUGGGCUGAAUGAUCGCAUCAACAACCACAUGGUGGAAGUCCCACUCAAGAACCUGGAGAAAUUCCUGAAAGGGAGGAUGAAUGUGGACAAAAAUUUUCAGAUUUUCUACAAUGACUGUGUGCCAGAUAACUAAGAUUAAAUGUGAACCUUUAAAAUUCAACAUUGAGGUGUGAUAGACAUGGGACUGUUGAUUUUUAAAAGGUUUGAGAUUGGUGAAGUUCAAAAAGAUCCACAGAGCUAAAAUUUUGGUUAAAUUGUAACACAGAUAAGGAAUAAAAUGGA